AUUCCUUUAAAGGCAAAUUAAAGCUGUGCUUUGACUGACUGCAGACGUCCCAGAGGAUCCAGUCGAUGCACCAAAAUACCUUCCGAGGGGACGUAAAAACACUAUCGCAACAGUUACGAACGAAGGAAAGAGAUAACGAUAACUGGGUGCCAAGAAGACCACUACUCCUCUUUUCCAAGAGGACUAGGAGUACGACGUCUUUGGAACCACUGCUGUUGCAUGCAGUCGUCUGCAGAGGUUACUGUAUGAAGCUUUUAAGGCCUUUUUGUGAUUGCUGAUGGAGAGCAGACCUGACUCUGGCCACGCGGACACAUUGUCGUAGCUCUAAAUCAACAUCAGAUUGAUCGGCCACUCGAUGGGGAUUCACAGAGGAGCUCUCACCUGUGUCGCCUCCUGCCCUCCACCCUGCCGCCUGCCCUCCCUCUUCUGCACCUCCUCCACACACAUCAUGAAACUGGUAUUAACUGAAUGGCAAUUGAUAUGGAUUUUUACUGAUUCUAGUAGACAGUAAACCAACUAACACAGAAAGGGAGGAAAAGCCAUCUAAUUUUCACACGUCCUUCUUCACACUAAAUGAACCUGCCUGUGGGGUUCUGAGCUGCCUGAGUUGACAGCCCACCCUGAAAAACAACCCAAUGCCUCUUUAAGGAACACACAAGGAAUGUAUUGUACGCUUUAAGAGAUUAUACUUUCUUCCUGAUAACGACGUUCGAGGACAUCGACAGCAGAGGGAGCUACUUUGAGGACGAGCUCACACCUGUCACUGCCAGUGUAUGAAUACUGAUCUAUUUUUUUAUUUAGUUUUGAAUCCAUUUUUUUUUUCUGGAGCCUGAAGGGUUGUGCGUUUGGCUGUGUGCAUGCCGAAAAAGAAGAAAAUGGCUCCCCAGAACUCUGAGGCCGAUGCUAUGCAAGUGCAGGGGGUAAUGGUGGUCCCUGCUGCUAAGAAAACCACCACAGGUUCUGCCUCCACAGGGGAUAGAGGAGCAGGAGGAGGGGGAUGUUUGGUGCUGGAGUCAUGCCAGGAGGAGUCGGUGAGCGAGGGGUCUAUAGACCGGAUCCCGCUGCGCCAGUGGGUGAUGCACGGAGCCGUCAUGUUCGGACGAGAGUUCUGCUACGCCAUGGAAACCGCCCUGGUUACGCCUGUACUGCUGCAAAUAGGUCUUCCAGAACAGUAUUACAGCCUGACCUGGUUCCUGAGCCCCAUCCUGGGCCUGAUCUUCACACCUCUGAUUGGCUCAGCCAGCGAUCGCUGCACCCUGAAAUGGGGCCGGCGACGUCCUUUCAUCCUGGCCCUGUGUGUGGGCGUGCUGUUCGGAGUGGCACUCUUCCUCAACGGGUCACUCAUAGGUCUUGCCGUCGGCGACGUGCCAAAUAACCAGCCCAUAGGGAUCGUUCUGACGGUGCUCGGAGUGGUGGUGCUGGACUUCAGUGCAGACGCCACGGAGGGUCCCAUAAGGGCCUACCUACUAGACGUGGCGGACACCGAAGAACAAGACAUGGCCCUCAACAUCCAUGCCUUCUCCUCUGGUUGUGGGGGAGCGGUGGGCUACGCGCUGGGCGGUCUGGACUGGACCCACACCUUCCUGGGCUCAAUCUUCAAGUCCCAGGAGCAGAUCCUCUUCUUCUUCGCCGCCAUCUUGUUCACCAUCUCGGUGGCUCUGCAUCUGUUCAGCAUCGAGGAGCAGCGGUACAGCCCCCAGCAGGACCGGCUGGACGAGGAAGCUGACGCUGCCUCCUCCACUGCCAACAAGGUCAACGACACCCUGGGGAAGCUCCACGGCCACAACACCCCCCACAUGGAGCUCAUUGGAGAAGACGACAUCUACGACCCUUGUGACCGUUACGAGUUCUACGGAGAGGGGGGCGAGGACGGGCGCUCGUUGCGCGACAUUAACAUGGACUUCCUGGAUGUGGAGAUGGUGAGGUCCAAGUCUGACUCUGUGCUGCAAAUGACCGAUGCAUCACUAGAUCACCUGGACCAUGAUGCUUUGUUCCUGCGCCACAUCGAACCCUCCAUCUUCGCCGACCACCUAUCAUCCUACCACGGCUCUCCACCACGCCGCAGCAGCAGCACAGGCAGCCAGGACCUCCUCAAAACCUCCAAAAAGAUCUGCCGGCUGUCACAGUUUCUGCAGGAGCAGGACCGCGACGGGGAGGAGGAGCUGCUCAACAACCAGGUCAACGAGCAGAAGACGCCCAACGGCCGGGCGCACGCCAACGGCUUGGGCCAGGGCGCCAACGGGCACGCCCGCUCGGUCAUGAAGAACUCGGCCAGCACCAACGCCUCCACGCGGCACCGCCGCCACAUCUUCUACCGCAAGCCGUCCUGCACCUUCUCCUACUACGGCCGCGUGGGUUCCCACCGCUACCGCUACCGGAGAGCCAACGCCGCGCUGCUCAUCAAGUCCUCGCGCAGCUUAAACGACAUCUACGAGGUGCAGCGGAGACAGAAGAGGAGACAGCAGAACCCCAGAGCGCGCCACCAGUCGGGCAACACCAACUCCAGCGGGGAUACAGAGAGUGAGGAGGGGGAGACGGAGACCACGGUCAGGCUGCUGUGGCUGUCCAUGCUGAAGAUGCCUCCAGAGCUGAUGAGGCUGUGUGUCUGUCAUCUCCUCACCUGGUUUUCCAUCAUAGCUGAGGCCGUCUUCUACACUGACUUCAUGGGCCAGGUCAUUUACCACGGAGACCCCACGGCUCCUGCUAACUCCACGGAUCUGCAGAACUACCACAAAGGAGUUCAGAUGGGCUGCUGGGGGCUGGUCAUCUACGCCCUGACAGCUGCCUCCUGCUCAGCCGUACUGCAGAAGUACCUGGACAACUUUGACCUGAGCAUCAAGGUCAUCUACGUCUUGGGUACGCUGGGCUUCUCCAUCGGUACGGCUGUCAUGGCCAUCUUCCCCAACGUCUACGUCUCCAUGGUGAUGAUCAGCAGCAUGGGCAUCAUCUCCAUGAGCAUCUCCUACUGCCCCUAUGCUCUCCUGGGACAAUACCAUGAGAUGAAAGAGUACAUCCACCACAGCCCGGGGAAUUCCAAGCGGGGCUUCGGCAUCGACUGUGCCAUCCUGUCGUGCCAGGUGUACAUCUCCCAGAUCCUGGUGGCGUCGGCGCUGGGCGCGGCAGUGGACGCCACGGGUAGUGUGCGGGUCAUCCCCAUGGUGGCGUCCGGCGGCUCCUUCCUGGGUUUCCUCACCGCCUGGUUCCUGGUUAUCUACCCAAGUCACGGCGACGCGGAGGCCAAGGGCGAGCAGAAGGCUCUAACAGGGCCUGUGUGCGAUAACAGCGUCACGGAGAAACCCAGUGUUCUAAAACUGACAAAGAAAGGUGCCUCCACCACUAUGUGUAAAGUGCAGUGCGAGUCCACUCUGUAAUUUGAUGUGAUCGCCAAUUCACCGGAAAGGUCGGAGCUUACUGUAACCAUAGCAAUGCAACGACAUCAUCAAAAAAUAAAAAACGACAUUCCUUUUUUACAACCGUUGCCACCCAAUAAUCUGCUGAUGGCAUUUGCUUGACCGACCUCUUUCUCAAAGACACACAUGGGCUAUGAUGUGUUAAGGUUUUGACUUGUAUUUCAUUUAAUUUGGGGCCUGUCUCUCGCUCGUCACGGUCUAAGGACUGUGGUGUGGCGAGGAGAGGACAGCCGUCUCUCCCUCUCAGGGCCACCAGGGGCCGCGAUCGAGGCGGUCCAACUGGAAAGGACAGAUCAGGGGACAGUGGAUACACAUGUGACCGACCGACGUUCACGCGCUGAACUGGGAUCUCUGGAAAAAGACAUGCACUUCACUCUCACUUCCAUUCAAAGGUCAAGAUAAAGGAAAAGACGAAGAGUCUCUAAGAAAUAUUAUAUUCUUCUAAUAAGUGAAGCAUUUGAAAAUGCAGAAAAUUGCUCUUUUGAUUGAACAUGUUUAUUUAGUUAACUUUCCUCUAUAUAAUUUUGACAUUAUGUUGCAGAAGGACAUUGUUAUCACCAAAUGGGCCAGGCCCGGUAUCAUUUACAGGGUUGAUGUUUUACUUUUUGGACUUUAGGUUUUUAGUGGCUUUAAGAGGAAACGGCACAUGUGUAAGGAGGUGAUUUCUCAGUUAGGAGAGGAGGGGGAGGAAGGCAUUGUUUGGUAAAUCAAUCACUUCUCCUAAUUAUUGUAUUUCUAACUGUUAUGACAAACGAAAUUGUAAUAAGACCAGUUACACCACGUGUCAAACUCAUUCCACACAGAGCCGAGUGUCUGCUGGUUUUCGCUCCUUCCUCGUACUUGAUUGAUACAUUUAGGUUAUUAAUUAGUAAAGAACUCCCCUCACCUGGUUGUCUCGGUCUAAAUUGAAAGGAAAAACUAAAAACACCAGACACUCGACCCUCCGUGGAAUGAGUUUGACACGUCUGAGUUACACUAUAUCUACUGUACACAAGCAUUUCCCAAACUCUCUCAAGGGGUACAUGUUUUGGUUUUUGCCCUAGCACUACACAGCUGAUUGAAAUAAUGAAUUCAUCAUCAGGCUUUGAUUAUUUGAAUCAGCUGUGUAGUGCUAGAUCAAAACCAAAACGUGCCCCCCUUGUGGUCCCCAGGAGCGAGUUUGGGGAAAUGCUGAUCCACACAAAUAUAUCUUUAUCCUCUUUAGUCAUUUAUACUAAGGAUCCUAUUUUCCACCUUUCAGAAUAUAUCCUUCUGAGAUCACAAGGGCCUCACCAUUGACGGAGAACAGAAACACUUUAAGGAAAUGAGAAAGAAUCUCAAUGCUGCAUUGGAGUUACGGAGAAUUGCAUACCAAACGGAGGACAGAAGUUGAGGAGCACUGUAAGGAGCUUGGAAGCUCUUCUGUCUCACAGAGGAGAAACAGAUUUCAGGCUUCAAUUCGUUCUCUUCUUUGUCUUGUUUCAAUUGCAUUGUUAAUGGAUUGUGUCACUCGCUGCACAAUUUCAGCUGCUGACGUUUGUUUGAGGAUGUAACUAAUACUAGCUAGAUGAAUGUGGGAGUGCCCGCCCGUGGGGGGGGGUGUAAGUCGGAGUAUUGGGGGAGGAGCACUUAGGCAGAACUUAAACUGUGCAGGAAUUCAAGUUGAUUAUUUUCCUACCAUAUAGGUCUUCCUUUUAUUUUUCUAACUGAAGUAAUGGGUCUUGAUAGAAGAGUUAUAUCCAGGGGCCUCCCGAGUGGUGCAGUGGUCUAAGGUACUGCAUCGCAGUGCUAGCUGUGCCACUAGAGAUUCUGGGUUCAAGUCCAGGCUCUGUCGCAGCCGGCCGCGACCGGGAGACCCAUGGAGUGGCACACAAUUGGCCCAGCGUCAAUUAGGGGAGGGUUUGGCCGGCAGGGAUGUCCUUGUCCCAUCGCGCACUAGAGACUCCUGUGGGGGACGGGCACAGUUCACGCUGCCACGGUCGCCAGGUGUACGGUGUUUCCUCCGACACAUUGGUGCUGCUGGCUUCUGGGUUAAGUGGGCAUUGUGUCAAGAAGCAGUGCGGCUUGGUUGGGUUGUGUUUCGGAGGACGCACCGCUCUCGACCUUUGCCUCUCCUGAGUCUAUACGGGGAGUUGCAGCGAUGAGACAAGACUGUAACUACCAAUUGGAUACCACGAAAUUGGGGAGAAAACGGGGUAAAAAAUUAAAAGAAGAGUUAUAUCCUCUCACUUGUAGUGCGUUUACAUUUAACACCUGGUUGCUGCAUGGUUUGGGCCUUGUGGCGAGUUAUGCUGUUAUCUGAAGCGGCCUUAGCUAAAUGUUAACUCAACAUGUUGGCUCUGCAUGGCCUACAUGCACCCUGAGCCAGAAUGGGGGCUCAGUGGCAUUCUUCUUUAGAGGACAUGGUGGACUGAGGGUGGAAACUAGUGGAUGGAGUAGAGCUCCACUGUGGAACUCAUUAUGGCUCUGGUCUGUCUGUUGUGUUGAGUAUGCUGGUUAUGGCUUUACAGGCCCAUGUGUCUCUGCUGUGACAGGCCCCAGGAGGUCAGAUCAGAGCCUUAGGGCUAUAGAGCUGGGACUACCCAAUAACUAUAUCCAGGUUGGCUGUGUUUCUACACGAAUACUUAUCGUAUAUGAGAUAUGGCUUCCUUCUCCUACGUGUUUAUUAUAUUGAAGUUUCAGAGUACAUCGCUCUGUCGUCUCUUGUUAAGGAUACAUGUUAAUCAGUAGAGGUAGAUUUGUGAAAGUGUAAUUUAACCUUCAUUAAUGUGUCCAACUGAAAAACAAAAAGCUGAAAUCUUUUCAGUGUCAAGAGGAGAUUCAAACCAAACUUGAAGUGUAAACAAACAGAGAGCAUCAAGUAUUUGACAAAUCAGACGAUCGUUGCAAUAAUGUUUUCUGCCUCUGUAAGCAAGGGUGGAAGUGUUAAGACUGGGGUCGGGUGAACUUUUUUCAUGCAUGGCUGUAUGUAUGUCAUAGUAUCAUAGUUAUACUGUAUGAAAAACAACAACCAUGUACUCGUAGCUAAAUAAGCAUAGUAUUGGUUUGGUUUUUAAGAGAAGAACCAUGCCUUGUUGAAUACUUGAAGUGCAACUUGAGUGUUUCUAAAAUGCAAGAAAGUGUAUGAUAGUUUUCCUGAACCUCUAGCUGUUGACUCUGGAAUGUUGAGAUAGUGGCCUAUGUUGAAAGGCCUGCUGGGAGUUUGCGUUUCUUUGAUUCCAUCAGGUGACAAAGUCAUGAAUGUAAAAUAUUUGUUGUUUUGUGAUGGGCAGAGGGUCUGCACAGAACUUGCACAUACAAAGUUUGAAGAAAAGAAAAGAAUAAUCUUGCAAAAGAAAAAAAAAGAACAGGAUAUGUUUGAUAUAUAUAGCUCUUUUCAUGUUAAAUGGAUGCUUUCACUUUAUUUAAAUAUAACAUAUAUAAAUACAGAUAUAUAUUUACAGUUGUAACAAAUGCAAGAGGUAUGUUACAGUAAUGGAGGACUGGAAUGUGUUUGAAACACGUGCGCGUGCGCAUCAUCUGGUUUACAAUUCACUUUAUUUUCUAAGAUUGAGGUCACACUGCAAUACCAAUAUUUCAUUUGUUAUCUUUUCAGACAGAAAUGUGUUUUUGAAUAAGUAUAAUUCAAUUUGAUAAUUAAACUCAAUCAAUUUCCCUCUUUUCUUUUGAUAGGAGAAUGCAAUCAUUCAUCUCUCAUUAUUUUAAAGAUACUUUUAUAAGGUCAUUUUAUUUUAGGACAAUGGGAGUUGCAUAUAGUAUUUUAUGUAAUGAAUUUAUCAGUGAUAUUACUUAAAGAAUGGGAAAAACAGUAUUUGCAGUAAAUACUAUUUUAGUUUAUUUUGCUGCUAUAAAAAAGCGGAUUAUUUGUAUGAGCUUUUUUUCUAUAAGGACUGUAUGUACAUUCUGUAAAUAUGCUUGCGGCUUCAUAUGUAGAACCAUGGAAGAACACUGUAUUGAAUGCACCUAAAAAAAAACUCAAGGGCUUCUGUCGCUUUAUUGUUGUAUUGCACUCAUAUAUGACCUUUUGAAAACAAAAUAUUAGCUAUGUAUCUAUGAUAAUAAACUGCAUCAUCUAUGAACUA